AUGCAAUCCCCUCUUUAAACACUUGACAGUUUAGACUAAACAAAAGCUUACUAAAUGCCUGAUUAUAUAGAUAGUUAAAAAAAUGCAAGUUGUUUGGAUAUUUUGGGCACUUAGACUGGAGUUUACAUUUAAUAAAAAUUUGAAAAAUUCUAGAUGGGAUUAAAUAUAUUUAAAGUUUACGCAUCCAACCAAUUAGGAGAAGAAAUCAAAUUUAAGUAACUAUUCAAAUGCAAAGAGAUAUCUUCUAAUUGUACAAGAUUUUGGUUGGGGUACUUCUUUCAAUUUAUUUAGUCCAAAAACAAGGCCAUUUGAGAUGAUAGUAGAUAACUCUCAAAGUAAAGAUUUAUAGCCAGACAUAAAUAAAAAAUUGCCUUAAAGUUCUGAUCGAACCAUUUUUAAGUUCAAAAGAGAGUACCAAUGUACUUGUUUCUGUUGUAAUAGGUAUAAAUAUUUAUAAAUAUUAAUUUUAGACCUCGUCUUGAGGUUUAUUAUGUAGAAAAUGGUUAAAACUAAUUUUUAGGAUACAUUAUUGAUCCUAUUUAUUGUUGCAGAAUCGGUUGCAAUAUUUUUGAUUCUAAUGACAAUUUGAAAUACAUGAUAGAGGCGAGCGCUUGCCAAAGUUAUUUUUGGUGUAGGUGCCCAUGCAGUGUGGAAUGUAAUAAGGUUGAUUUUACAAUCAAGCUUCCAACAGGUGAGGUAGGUAUUCAAUAUAAUCUUAUAAUUUAGUUGCCCCUAUGUUAAAGUAAAUUAAGACAUGGUGUAAUAGUGAUUCGACUUCCUAUACUGAUAAUAUAAGUGUUAUGUUCCCUUUGAAAGCAUCAAAAGAAGAUAAAGCUUUAAUUCUAGCCGCUACAAUUAUGAUUGAGUUCAUGUAUUUUGAAAGGGAUUAAGAUACAUGA